AUGGCCUCCGCCCAAGCCAACUGCCCCGUAGUGGGCACAACCAAUACCACGCUCCCGCCUUCCCACCCCGACAUCGACCUCUCCCAACCAGGCCAAACCUGCCCCGUCGUCGGCGCUACAACCGACCACCACGGCUCCAACCUCCUGCACAAGCACCCCGCGGUCCCCAACGCCGCCGACGGUGCCGCGGCCUGCCCGGCGCUCUCCCAGCGCCUAGCGACCGACGACAAGAGCCGCGCGAUGGACGACAGCUUGUGUCCUGUGGUGGGUACCGCGACGACGGUGCUGCCGCCGGAUCACCCGUCGACGGAGGGGAAGGGAGACGAGGCGGUUUGUCCUGUGACUAAGGCUUCGGUGGGACAUCAUAAGAAGAGUAUGCAUGCGCAUCCGGAUGUUAGUGGGGUGGGCGAGGGCGCGGUGUGUCCUGUUGCGGGGUUGAGGAGUGCUUGA